GCCACACCCCUUAAAUGGAGAUACGUACAGAACUGUAUACAUUGUAACCGCAUCAAAAGCAGCUCAAGCCCCAUCACAUCCCCUCUGUCUCGGGUCGGCGACUCGUCAUCAUCUCCUUCCCAGUUCCCACGUAGUAUAUAAUAGAGGGUUCUAUACUUCUAUCCGUUGCCACCCCCUCCGGUUCCUGUUCGGUCGAGCUGAUUAUAAUUAUAAUAACAAUAAUUAUUCUCUCAACCGGAAAACCAAAAAAAUCCAGAGUUCUCCAAAAAGGGGAAAAUAUAAAAAAGGGUAAUUGAUUUGCAGCUGCUGAUUUUUUUUGUUUUCUUUGCCGGCGGUGAAAUUCGGGUUCUUGUUUUGUUGGGGAUAUCGAAUGGCGGUGGAGUACAGCUGUUGCGAGACGGAGUUUUUUGUUCACAUUCUGGUGAUCGUGUUUCUUGUGUUGUUUGCGGGCCUGAUGUCCGGGCUCACUUUGGGCCUCAUGUCCCUCAGCCUCGUCGAUCUUGAGGUGCUUGCCAAGUCUGGAACUCCACGGGAUAAACAGCAUGCUGCAAAGAUUCUACCAGUUGUCAAAAAUCAGCAUUUGUUACUCUGCACUCUGCUAAUCUGCAAUGCUGCUGCCAUGGAGGCACUCCCUAUUUUCCUUGAUAGUCUAGUUACGGCCUGGGGAGCAAUUCUCAUUUCAGUGACUUUGAUACUUCUAUUUGGUGAGAUUAUCCCACAGUCUGUUUGCUCCAGAUACGGACUUGCUAUUGGUGCAGCUGUUGCCCCAAUGGUUCGCAUUCUUGUUUGGAUAUGUUUUCCAGUUGCAUAUCCCAUAAGCAAGUUGUUGGACUAUCUGCUUGGCCAUCGGCACAGAGCUCUCUUUCGACGUGCUGAGUUGAAAACACUUGUCAAUUUGCAUGGCAAUGAGGCAGGCAAAGGUGGAGAACUCACACAUGACGAGACAACUAUUAUUGCUGGUGCACUUGAACUCAGUGAGAAAACUGCCAGUGAUGCCAUGACUCCGAUAUCCGAAACUUUCACGAUUGAUGUAAAUGCAACCCUUGACAGGGAUUUGAUGAGCCUAAUUUUGGAGAAAGGACACAGCAGAGUGCCUGUCUACUAUGAGCAACCUACAAAUAUUAUUGGGCUUGUUUUGGUAAAAAAUUUGUUAACCAUACAUCCAGAGGAUAGAGUACCAGUGAAGAGUGUGACAAUCCGCCGUAUUCCAAGGGUUGCAGAAACUAUGCCUUUGUACGACAUUCUGAACGAAUUCCAAAAGGGCCACAGCCACAUGGCUGUAGUAGUUAGACAAUCCACCAAAAUGAUGACCCCCCCACCCCCUACCCAGUCACCAGCUGAAGAUAUUAAGGAUGUGAGGGUCGAUAUUGAUGGCGAGAAGAACUCACUGGACAAGAGUGUGAAGACCAACAAAAGGCCACUUCAGAAAUGGAAGAGUUUCCCAAACAAUGGAAGCAAAUCCUUCAAGGGAGGCACGCCGAGGAGCAAGAAAUGGACAAAGAACAUGUAUUCGGAUAUCUUGCAGAUAGAUGGGAGCCCUUUGCCAAAGCUUCCGGAAGAAGAAGAGGCAGUUGGGGUUAUUACUAUGGAAGAUGUCAUUGAAGAGCUUCUGCAGAGAUAUUCGAUGAGACGGAUCAUCAUGGAGAGGAUUCAUAAUAGUGUCUGUUGCCCCUAUGGUUCGAAUUCUUGUUUGGAUCUGGAAAACACAGUUGCAUAUCCGAUAAGCAAGUUAUUGUGUCCAACUCUACUUUACGCUCAAUAUAGGCAGGCAAAGGUGGAGAAAUCACACAUGACGAGACAACUAUUAUUGCUGGUGCACUUAAACGAAACUGCCUGUGAUGCCAUGACUCGGAUAUCUGAAACUUUUACGAUUAAUGUAAAUGCAACCCUUGACAGGGAUUUGAUGAGCCUAAUUUUGGAGAAAGGACAUAGCAGAGUGAUUGUCUACUAUGAGCAACCUACAAAUAUUAUUGGGCUUGUUUUGGUAAAAAAUUUGUUAACCAUACAUCCAGAGGAUAGAGUACCAGUGAAGAGUGUAACAAUUCGCCGUAUUCCAAGGGUUGCAGAAACUAUGCCUUUGUACGACAUCCUCAACGAAUUCCAAAAGAGCCAUAGCCACAUGGCUGUAGUAGUUAGACAAUCCACUAAAAUGAUGACUCCCCAACCCCCUACCCCAGAUGUGAGGGUUGCAUUGAUGGCGAGAAGAACUCACUGGACGAGUGUGAAGACUAAAAGGCCACUUCAGAAAUGGAAGAGUUUCCUGAACAAUGGGAGCAAAUCCUUCAAGGGAGGCACCCCGAGGAGCAAGAAAUGGACAAAGAACAUGUAUUUGGACAUCUUGCAGAUAGAUGGGAGCCCUUUGCCAAAGCUUCCGGAAGAAGAGGCAGUUAGGGUUAUUACUAUGGAAGAUGUCAUUCAAGAGCUUCUGCAG